AUGGAAAACUACAUUGAACAUAGAGCAACGAAAUGCUCAUGGAUAUACAGGUAUAUGCUUGCAAGCAGAUACGGUCAUCUAGAUAUUGCCAAGUUCCUUAUUGAAAAUGGUGCGAAUGUCGAUGCGACUAGCACGGAUUGCUGUACGGCGUUACUGCGGCUUUUGCUGGACAAUGAUGCAAGUUGCAUAAAGACGAUAGAGAGGAUGCGAGAAACUGAUAUUUCUGGAUUCUAUGAUCACGCUUUUGCGGGAUCCAACGCGUUACACCUUGUCGUCAACUAUGGGGAUAAAGAAACAACCGGUUUAAUACUUCAAUACGAGAUAGAAAUCGAUGCGAAAAUUGAAAAAGGAGACACAGCACUACACAUGGCUGCUCGACAUGGUCAUAUUGAACAAGUGCGCUUGCUUAUGGAGUAUGGGGCAUGCAUGGAAUCAAAGAACAUUCGUGGGGAAACAGCCAUUGUUCUCGCUGCGGUUCGUGGACAUGAUGAAAUAGUGCGUAUACUAGGGGAUAGACAGAACAGCAGUGAGGAGUAUAAACCGUGGUUGAAAGUGGCAAGGAUUGCCCGAGCCAUUGAGCUAGAUGAUCAACUGCUAGCAAGGAUGUUGUUAGGCGAUGAUGAGAAUGAUCUCUGGAGUGUUACAGACUCAUCAAUCUGGGGAGUUGUCUAUGGGCCUCUGCUACAUUUGGCUGUCUCCAAAGGCAACGAGGAGGUUGUGGCCCUACUUCUGGAAAAAGGUGCAGAUGUCGAAAUGCCAAUAUCGAGGCAGAGGAUGCUAAAGGAGAAAGACCUCUACAUCUUGCAGCGAUGGAAAGGCCAGAACUUGUGCAAUUGA